GUCAGUGUGCAGAGGUUGAACGUGCAUCGAGUUUUCAACACGAAGAUGUCGACGUCAUUGCUCUUGGCUGCGGUUUUGCUGGCCUUCGUCGGUGGAACAACACUGCCAGAAGAAAUCACUUUUCAGCUGUACGUCGCCUUCGACAAUGUCCUGCAUACAAAUUUCAGCAACGAAAAUUUAGCCAAGAAGUACGUCAGCGCGUUCUUUCGUGCGGUCAACCUCCAAUAUCAAAAUAUGCAGAAUCCUAGAAUCAAGUUCGAAUUCGUCAUGUUUCACGGUCAGAACGUCCCGUUUACAAAGGAUGCUCUCGUAGUGGAGGAAGGUGAAGUGAACGCUGGCAAAAGCCUUCAUUCCCUCUACAACUUCACACGUACAAAAGCGCAGUUCAUUCCAUCAGACAUCGUGUUCGUCUUUUCGGGGCGGAAAGUAUUCACAACUGAAGGGAAACAGAAGAGCUAUAGUCCACAAGGUCUCACAUGGGAGAAAGGAAUAUGCAACGCCAGCAAAAAGUUUGUUAUUGUUAGCGAUAUAGGCAAGCGUUUCAGUGCCUUGCCAAAUGCAGCGUUCCAGCUUGCUCGCCUACUCGGUGCACCGACGGCCUGCACACCGGACCACUAUUUGCUGGAGGGAAACUCUAGGCUUUUUGAUCUGUCGCCUUGUGUUAUGAGCAAUAUUACAAAUCAUCUCACAAAACUACUGAAUAACAACUACGCGUUGGCAACAGACUGCUUCGCAAGAAAGUACCAGUUGAAUACUAGUCAGUAUUACGAUGGCCUACCAGACUCCAUGUCUGAUGUACAGGCGUUUUGCCUUGACGAAAAACGGAUGAAAGAACAUGGCAAUAUCAGAGGCUUAUGCAACAGCUCCAACAUCAAAUCUCGUUUGGGACGGUCAUACGAAGAAACAAUCAAAAAGGAGGGCUGGGAUGUGUUCGACCCUGUCAACAGCUGCUUCUUCGACUGCUGCAGUCUGAACUACAUUUCACUCACCAUUCACUACAGGGUUGUGAGGGCAAAAUAUGUGUUCAAGCUCAAUGCGUCCAGAAUGCAACGAUACCGUAAGAAAGCAGGAUAUGACCUAUGCAAUCCCGGACAGCUUCGAAGACUUCCAAGUUCGUUUUCCGAGGCAGUAGAAACAGCGCGUAUUAUUACUUGUAUGCCAAUGCAAUGUAAAAGUAAUUAAAGUGAAAUGAACGUAAAGGUGGGUA